AUGUUCAACUCUUCCGUAGCAAUGUUAUUUUUAAACACAAUCGCGCUUUUGAUACUUUCCGUUACACACCUAAAAGCGUUCGCUGCUGAAAAUGAGGACGCUAAGAAAUUUGUCGACCAGAACGUCCUCAUAGACCUAACACGCUUUGGUGAACGCAUAUACGGUGAGCCCGAUCAGGUAGCUGGCGCAAAGCUAGCCGACCUCAAAGGAGACACAUUACAGAAUCCAGACGAGUUGGGACCUUAUCUGGAGGGCGAUCUACUUAUACCUAACGGCAAACAAUUGCCUUUUCGCAACGGUCUUAUAGCAUAUAGCGCACGCUGGCCUGGCGCCGUUGUGCCCUACGAAAUAGAUGGGCGCUUCAAAGAAAAAGAAUUGGCCGUAAUUAAAAAGGCUUUUAAAGAAUAUCACACUAAAACUUGCAUUCGCUUCAAGCCUCGCAGCUCCGAGGACGAUUAUAUAGUUAUAACGAGUGACAACACCGGUUGCUGGUCGAGUUUGGGUCGCUUAGGUGGUCGCCAGGUUGUGAAUUUACAAAGUACACUCUGCUUUCGUAAUUACGGCACAACGAUGCAUGAAUUGAUGCACGCACUUGGCUUCAUGCAUGAGCAGAAUCGAUCGGAACGCGAUAGUUAUAUACGUGUGUUGAGUCAAAAUGUCAAGAAUGGUGCGAUGGUGAACUUUCAAAAGGGUUCAGCUCUAGAGCAAUAUGCUUUCGGUAUACCCUAUGAUUAUGCUAGCGUAAUGCAUUAUUCCAAGACGAGUUUCUCCAAGAAUGGCAAACCCACUAUUGAAGCGUUGGUAAGUGCAAGCGAUAAAUAA